AUGGUGAAAGCAGACGUGAGACGGGAUUACUAUGCGGAUUUGGGUCUUGGGCCCAGUGCGGAAUCGGAGGAUAUUAAGAAGCAGUUUAGAAAGCUAGCGUUGAAAUACCACCCCGAUAGGAAUCCUGGGAAAGAAGUCGAAUUCAUCGCCAAGUUCCAGGCAAUCCAAGCGGCACAUGAAAUCCUCAGUGAUCCCCAACACCGGUUGAGAUAUGAUACGGAUCGGUUACGCGCUGGAUAUGGCAGGCAGUACGCCGCGCACGCAAGAGCGAAUACUUCACGAAGGGCCCCUGCCAGCCACAGUUCUGGCGCCUCUACGAAUUCGCAACCGUUCUCUGCCCGUGGUCAACAAGCGAACAAUGGACCGUCGUCCGGCGCCCAAAGAUACGCUAGCUAUGCUAAGGCAGCGCCUCAGCAAUCGUGGGGCAAGAAGGAUGAAGGACAGACUCGGGCUGACGCUUUUCGCGGAUUCCAGGGUAUGAAGAACGGCAGCCCGAACGCGUCUGGCUGGUCGAAUUUUGACCCCAAAACUGGUCGUACGGGUACAGCCAAGGCCAAUGGGACAUCGACCGGUCACACGCCGAGAACUAAAUCGGCCUAUGAGUACUUCAAAACAUCGUCCAAGCCGACAGAGGGUGCCGGAACGACUCGUGCUCAGGCAAGUAGGAGGAAGAACGGCUUUGCGCCGGGUACCGCGGGUGGUGAUGAGCCGAUGGCUGCAAACACUUCCGCCUACACGAGUACACCCCGGGAUUCGCGACACUCAGGUUACUUUUUCGACAACUCUAUCCCUUCGCCUACCGCCAAGAGAGCAGAUGGUCCAGAGGAACGAGCCAGGAGUCAGUAUGCCGGCGCCAGUGGAGAAAAGACAUUCUUCUCCAGUGCUUGGCUCGGACGUGAUGGUACUCGUCGUGCCUCUCGGACAAACCCACCCAGUCCGACGCCACCACCAUCGGAAGCAAGCAGACAUCGGAGCGUCAGUCCUUCUCAUCUGAAGACGAACAGGAACCGGACAUACGCACCUUCCACGAGCUCAAGUGAUGCCGACGACGACAGCGAAACCGAUGACCCAUAUGAAAGGAACGUACCAUCGUCAUCACACAAACCCAAGGCCGUCCCGAAGAGCAGAAUACGACGACCUCAUUAUCAGAAACCGGCUGACCCGCGGGACUGGAGUUCCGGAACUGGACAUGAUUCGGAUAGUGCUGCUGCUCCUAGGAAUCCAUUUGCUGGGACUUUUGCGUCGGCUAACUUUCAGCCUGAGAUGGAUCCGAGCCAAUCUAAGAGUAGUAGCCAUGGAAACUUGAGAAAGGAAUUCUCCGCCAAAGACUGGCAGGAUGCAUCUCAAGGGGGCUGGUUCGGUUUCUUCAUGCCAAAACCAUCGGAACCGGAUACGACUCGAGCAACACAAAGCCCCAAUACUCGUGGACGGCCAACGACCCGGAACUCAGCUUCAUGGGCGCGACAGUCAGCAGGCCCUUCGGACCAGGAUUCUUCUCGCUCGGGAUCGGCAGCCCAACAGCAACCGACUCCAUUUGUCGGAGCCAAAUUCUCUGCAGACGACUGGGUUGAGCAAUUCAAAAAUAUGUCCUGGGCCGCACCGAAAAACGAAGGGAAACAGGCUCAGGCCAAUGCUGCUCGUGCAAGGAGCCCUAAGAAGCAGACGAGGCCCGCGGCUUCGAAGACGCGGCCGACACCGCAGCCCGCGAGUGUUGCUACUGAAGCCGAGGAGGCUGAAGUAGCCGCGGAAGAUAAGGAUGAACAGCAGUUUGAUAAGGUGGCUGAUGAGGGUGGUGAAGCCAUGGAUCUUGAUGAUGAUACCCCUGUCAAACCAACUGCUGUACCGCCAGCGCCUGAGAACAAGCAGCCAUUGAAAUCACAACCAUCAGUCAAUGUUGGCAAGACCAAGGAAGCCGACUCCAAAGAUUUCAACCUGAAGGACCUCAAAGACGCAGCACCGUUUACUAGCUCCAAGGGGGGCAUCGACGACCUACAGGAUAUCAGCGUGACCCUUCCCUUCGAAUCACGCGCCAAAGUCCCAAGGAAAACUGCACGCGACAUCCGUCCUCGCGAACUUGCCUGUCCAAAUCCGCCCAAGCGACCACGCCGUCCAGCUUUGAACCCGCUCGGUAUCGGAUCUCAACUGGUGCUCCCUCGGCCCGCAUGGGAACGGUACGUGGCAGAAAUGAACACCUACAUGCGCGAGUGGAAUGAAUUCAACCGCCGGAUGCUGCGGCAUUUCAAUGCCCGCCAGGAAGCCAACGAAUCUGGCCUGGCGCCUGGCUGGAUCAGUGCAGUUGGCGAUUCUUCUCGACUUAAGAUCAACCAAGAUGACCCGGAUGCUGAAGAUAACAACGACCCCGAUAAUGAAGACAGCGUUGACGAUCUGUUACCGGGAAGCGCCAAAGGCGGGUAUACUGCGUAUUUGCGCGCGAUUGAAGAAGACGUCAAGGUCCGGAAGCAUUGGGAUGUGGCGUGUGAACUGCACCGGGAGUGUAUAUUGGAAUUGGGGGAGUUACGGGAGUGGCUUUUGAAUGGGGGAAAGUUGAUGUGA